UGUAUCGAUAUAUCUGUUAACUGUUAUCGGCGCCUCUGUUAACGCAUCAACAAAAUUAAAAUGUAAACAAAAGUACAUUUUAAGCCCUAAAAUACUAAAAAUAAAGGAUAAUGUCGACUUUUACCAAGAAAAUCGAUUGGAAGCCGGAGCUGGUGAAACACCUGCUGGAUUUGUUGAAACAGCAACCCAACCUGUACGACCCCAAGCACAUCUUCUACCAGGACAAGCGAGUUCGCAGCGAAUCCCUGCAACUGAUCCUAACGGCCCUGCGUCCCAAGUGCCCCCACCUCACCGUGGAGGACAUCAAGAUCAAAUACGGCGCCCUCAGGAGUCACUUUUUGGCUUUGAAUCGCCGCAAUGCCUCGGAUAUGCCGGCGGGCAGUAAACUGCAGCUUCCCUACUGGUAUGAGCAUAUGGAGUUCCUGCGCCCACACAUCCGUGGCAUCCGGAUGCGGGUGGACGAGGGCGGUGGCGGAAAUCUGGGCAGCAGUGCCAAGAAAUUCAAGCAGGAUGACCACCUGGAGGCAUUGGAUUCAAUUUUAGGAACCAAGGAGAAUAAUGCGGUCCUUCCCCUGACCGAGGAGAGCUCCGAGGACGAUGAACUGAGCCACAUUAGCUUCGUUCCGCAGCGUCAUCAUCAUCCUGCUCCAUCGGAGGAGCGGUCGCCAUACGAACCGAUCCUGAACAUAGCCAAGGAUGCCCUCCAGAAGCUGGCCCAGCGCCAGAGAUACUCCCCCGAUGUGGACGCCUUCGGCGAGGUGAUCAAGGCCGAGAUGCAGUCCAUCCAGAAUCCCAGCCAGCGCAAGAGACUGAGAAACAAACUAAUGAAGGUGAUUAUCGAGCAUUCCGAGGAUGAUUAGCCAGCAGCUCUUAUUAAUAGUUAGUUCUAAACUAAAGUAGAGGAAUUUU